AUGGAAGGAAUUGAAAUUACCAACUCUGCCGGUAGUAGUAGUUCCAAGGGCAAACAAAUUGCCCGUACCAAAAUUAUUGCAGGGGCGCAGAAUGUCGAUGAUCUUUCUCUGCCCGUUCUUGCUGUGUACAAGCAGAAAUACGUUAGUAUUUCACGUGCACUUGAUUCGGCCGAGGCCAAAUUGGCCAAAGCAUCUGAACUUGCAGUUGGUAGUCUGCAUGAUCUAAAAAUCAAGGUACCAGCAAAAAUCGACCCAGAGGUGGUAACCACCAUCAAUGCUGAGCUUGUUCCUAAAUUCACCGCUGAGUUAAAAACAGCCGGUGAUAAAUUGCUUCACGAUAACACAACAAGCGAUUCCACUGCGGAAAUUGUUAAACAUUGGACAGACCUAGCAACAAAUAUUGCUGGAUUUAAUGACCAUUCGUUUAAAGUGUUUGUUGAUACAUUUCGAGCCAAAGUUGCCAUGGGUGAUACACCCACCAUGUAUUUACCUAUGUACGUUUGGAAAAGUCUGGAUCGUGGUACUAACUUCCAACUUACAAAAUACUGUUCAAAUCAUCAGUGCCAAAAAGACUGGCAAGAAAUAAAAAGGCGUAUCGAAAUAGAACUGGAUAGAGCCAGGUCGAAAGAUAUUUCCUUGUUUCUUGUUAAAAAACAUGUAUUAGAUACUAGUUUUAAUGUAAUAUCCCGACAUUUAUUUAAUAAAACUAUAUUUAAUCGUAAUCGCUUUCAUAAGUCUAAGUUUGGUAUAAACAAAUUGAUUAAUAAAUCAUUUGAUUUUUUUGUUGAAAAUAAUUUAGUAGUAACAUGCGCAGAUAAAAAUAUGGGAUUAACCAUUAUGGACUAUAAUUGGUAUAAUUAUCAAGUCAAUAAACAUUUGGGUAAUCUUUCUGUGUAUACACAAAUGCAAGCCGAUUGGUCUCUAAAUACAAUCGAAGUAUAUGCAACUUUGUUCGAUAUUAUAAUGAGUAUAUCUAACGAAUAUAUUGAAAAAUAUUGUGUGGAAAAUUUCUUGGAAAAUAUGCUUGACCCGGAACAAGAAUUUCCUCCACCUUUGUUCUAUAUUAUCCCUAAAUUGCAUAAAAAUCCCAUUUCGAGUCGUCCGAUUACUCCAAGUUAUGCUUGGGUUACUAGUGACGUCUCCAAGUAUUUGGCCCAAAAAUGGUCAACUCUACUUACAAAAUGUGAUUACAUCUUGCCUAAUUCUCUAAAAUUAGUUAAAGAAUUAGAGGCAAUUAACAAAAGUAAAAAAUUGCCAGUUACUGCUAAUUUGUAUACAUGGGAUAUUAAAGAUAUGUAUACAAAUAUUGACCUUGACGACCUCUGUGUAAGAAUUAAGGAAAUGUUAAUUUACCUUAGAGUACGACCAGAAGUCGCAGAAUUUCAAGUUAAAUUACUGAAAUGGGUUAAUGAUAAUGCCUAUGUCAAAUACCAAAACAAUUGGUAUAAACAAAUUAAAGGUUUAGCUAUGGGUAGUGCCGUAGCACCUGUUGCAGCUAAUUUGUAUAUGGCUAAGGUAUUAAUUGAUUCCUUUGGUGAACCUAAUAACAUGUUCUGGGACUCAAUUAUUAUUAUAAGGUCUUACAUUGACGAUAUCUUCGCUGUGCUUGCUGAAGGUUUCUCUUUAGACCUUAUUGGUAAUAGGAUAAGUGCAACUGCUAUUCCAUCUUAUUUUGAGCUAGAUGGAACUACAGCUAAUAAAGUGUCAUUUUUAGAUUUAAAUUUAGAAAUGUGUCUUUGUUUAACUUCAGUUUAUAAUGCAUACGGUGUUAUUUCUAUAUCUCCGUAUGAUAAGCCUACGAACAUCCAUGCAUAUACUGACACUGAAUCUUAUUAUCCAUAUAACUAUCGUUAUUCUUGGAUUCAAGGUGAAAAUAUUCGCCUAAUCCGAAAUUCGGAUAACUCUAAUUUUUAUGAUAAAGCGCUUUAUGAAUUUAAACACUUUUUACAAAAUCGGAGAUAUCCUAUAGUUGAAAUUAAUAAACACCUUACUAUUAACAACUAUUCGGAUAGAGAGGAAUUACUUAAAGUAAAAGAUUUCAAAAAUGACUAUAUUAGUCAUAUUGAUUUUAUCCUCCCUAUAAAUAAUAGUCCAAGCCGUGACGUGGUUAUAAAAUUAUUUAAAAAGGUUUUUAAACUAUACAAUUACAAUGCUUCGGUACAUUCAAAUCGCACUCUAAGAGUUGCGUUUCCUGUCCGUAAAGGUACAGCCGUAAUUGAUAUACUUAAUAAAGCAAAAAAGAAG